AUGCUUAUUUUGUUUUUUUUGGUAGGAUCACUAUCACAAAGCACUUAUUAUAUCACAGUCGAUGAUGCCUUAUCUGAUCUGUUAAAAACAUAGCCCAAAGGAUAUAAGCCAUGGCAUCCAUCGUUGAAUGUGAGAUUACGUGUUUAAGAAGAAGAAAGAACUUAGGAAUUUUAUUCAUUUGUCUAAUAGCAAAUUAAAAUCAAACAAAGAGGAAUCAACACAUAGCAUCCAAUGCAAUUUGUGUAGGUUUAAGGCCCUGAAUUCUUUGAGAACUUGGUUUGUAAAUGUAGCUUUUCGCCUGCAGAAGCUGCUUAAGAAGAGGAAGAAGGAGGAGAAGGAGGAGGGGAAGAAGCAGAAGGAGGUGGAGCAUGUGAAGCUGAAGGAGGUGGAGACCAUGAAGGUGGAGAAGGAGAAGGAGAGGAAGUUGAAUUCAUUGUUAAAAAGACCAAAGCUCACGGGAAAGACUUCAGUUUCCUAUAAGUAGGAACUUAAAGUAAUUUAAAUUAAUAUAUACCUCAACCUUAACAAGUUGAUUAAUUGUCUUAAUACGACUUAAGGCUACAGGCUCAGGAAUUAUUAAUAAAGCAGUUCAUGGAAAAAUAAAAUUAACUGACUCAACAAUUGUCUCUGCUACAACAGAGCUAGGGUGUAUUUGUACCAUCGCUUUUUCCCUAAGUCGUAGAUCCUAAUUAUCUAACACCUUAAUAGCAAGCUCAAAUGCUUUACAUGAUGUAGCUUUAAUAGUAAUAGCAAUAAAUCCAAUAACAGCUGUUGUAAUAGUAAAUGCUCAAUCCAUUAUCCUUCUAAUCAAGUCCAACUAUUGUAAAGAAUGACAAUAUUUAAACAUAACAAUAAUACUAAAUUCCAUUACAAUAACCAAUUGCUUAUACUCAGACUGUUACCUAGCCUAUUAUGAACCAAUAACAAUUAUUACUCUAAUAAUAAUUAUUACAAUAAUAAUAAAUUCCUCAAUAAUUAACUUAAUAGUAACUUCUAUAGCAACAACAGCAGUUAUUGAAUUAGUAGUAGAUACCAUAAGCCUAGCCAUAAUAAUAAGUUUAAUCUUAAAUUCCUUAGCAAAUCCCAUCAUUUUAAUAAUAACAGAUUCCAUAGCAAUAGAUCUAAGGGUUCUAAUAAUAAAUUCCUUAGUAAUAGAUUCAAUAAUAAAAUAUCUAAUAAUAACCUUAUUAAUAGAUUCCUUAGUAAUAGAUUCAAUAAUAAUAAUCUUAUUAAUAAAUUCCUUAGUAGUAAUAGUAAAUUUAACAAUAAUAAUAGAGUGGAUUUUUACAAUAACCAUAAUAGCAAUAGAAUGUUCCCCAAUUGGAGCAGUUGUUGGCUUAACAGAUGGCCCAACCGUUGAUGCAACCUCAAUUUUUACAAAAGUAACCACAAAUUAUUGGUGUAGGAUGA